AUGGCGGCGGCGAUGUGCCAGGGAUCCAAAUUGCUCCGCCUCCUCCAGGGCUGCAACACCAUGCACCGCCUCCGCCACGCCCAGGUCCUCCUUCAUGGCUACCGCUGCCUCCGCCCCGACGUCGCCCACAAGCUCCUCCUCUCCUUCUGCUCCACUUCGGCGGCCGGAGACCUCGCCUACGCCCGCAUCCCCUUCUCCCAUCCCCCUCUUCCCUCCUCCACCCGCCACUGGAACGCCCUCCUCCGCACCGCCUCGCCUCUCCACGCCGCCUUCCUCUACAACGCCAUGAUCCACUCCCCAUCCCGCCCCGACGCCUUCACCUUCUCCUCCCUCCUAACGGCCUGCGCUGCCCUCGCCAACGCCGAGCCCAAGUGUCGGGAGGCUCACGCGUCGAUCCUCCGCCGCGGCCUCGCCGCCCACGUCGUGGUCGCCACCAACCUCGUCCGCGCUUACGCUGACACCGGCUCCAUCGACGACGCCCGGAAGCUGUUCGACGAGAUGCCUGACAAAGACCUGGUGUCCUGGAACUCGAUGCUCUCCUGCUAUUGCCGUGCCGGGCUCCACCAAGACGCCUUGUCGCUCCACGACCGGAUGCGGCUUGCCGGCGUCGGCCUUGAUGAGUACACCGCCGUCGGAUUGCUCUCCUCUUGCGCUCACUUGGGCGCAUUAGAUUUCGGCAUCCAGAUCCACAGAUUUGCAGCGGAAAAUGGGUUCUUGAGACGGAGCUUGUUCGUCGGCAAUGCCUUGAUCGACAUGUAUGCUAAAUGUGGCAGACUGGAUGAGGCAAGCCAGGUGUUCGAUGGAAUGCCGAGGAGAGACAAUGCUACCUGGAAUGCGAUGAUCGUCGGACUGGGAAUCCAUGGCCAUGCUAAUGAAGCUAUCUCCCUUUUCCAGAGGAUGUCGAUGGCUGGAGUCCGACCGAACUCCGUCACAUUUCUCGGUUUGCUGAUGGGUUGCAGUCACCAUGGCUUAGUCGAAGAUGGUGUUAGAUAUUAUCACUUGAUGAGCUCUGCCUAUGGUAUGAAGCCCGAUCUCAAGCAUUAUGGAUGCAUGGUCGACAUGUUUGGUCGAGCCGGUAAUCUCAAUCAAGCGCUUGAAUUUAUCGACGGUUUGACAUGCAAGGAUGACCCGGUCCUAUGGCGAACGCUGCUAAAUGCAUCCAGGAUCCAUGGGAAUGUGGAGAUUGGUGAAAUUGCUAUGGGAAACCUUGUUGAAAUGUCAGCUCAUAAUGCAGGGGAUUGUGCUCUUCUUUCAGAGAUUUACGAGCAAUCCGGCGACCAAGAAGGCGUCUCUAGAAUGAGAAAAUCGGUGAAGGAUCAAGGAAUCAAAACUACCCCUGGCUGGAGCUGCAUAGAGAUCAAUGGAGAAGUUCAAAAAUUUGUUGUCGGUGAUGUUUCGCAUCCGGAGAGUGGAGAUAUAUUUAUGAAGGUGAAGGAGAUGAUCAGCCAAGCAUCGUUUCUUGGCUACGCAAAGUGUCGAUCCAAGCUCUUUGAGAAAGGCUAUGCAAACAGCGAGUCCGACUACCAUAGCGAGAUGUUAGCCAUUGCUCUUGGGCUGCUCCGAACUCCCAAAGGGACUACUCUUAGAAUCGUGAAGAAUCUUAGGGUGUGCAAGGAUUGUCAUUCUCUGACAAAGUUUGCUUCCAGGAUCUAUGAUCGAGAGAUAGUUGUUCGGGAUCGCAUUCGGUUUCAUCAUUUCAAAAAAGGCAUGUGCACCUGCAACGACUAUUGGUGA